AUGUCUAGCUCGGGAUCAAACUCACCCGUUAGUGCAUGUUCCUCAGGUUCGACCGACCAGAAGGUCGAACAACUGAUAAAGCAGCUGAAGAACUUGCUUCCGGAGCUUCGCAACACACCUCAGGGUGUCACCCUCUACUGUGCUUCAGGUUCAAGAGAUUUGAAACGGAAACCAACCAAGGGUGGGCAUCUGGUGCCGCAAACGGUGGUGCUGGAGGAGACUUGCAGCCGCUUAAGGAGCUUGGAGAAGGAGGUUGAUGAUCUGAAGGAGAGGGUCGUGAAGGGGAGGGUCGAGCAGCUGUUGGCUACCGUGGAGAAGGACAAAGCUGACGCCGUCAGGAGGCUGCUUUAUAAAGCGUGA